AUGGCUAAUGAAGCCAUCAAUAAAAAAGAUCUGAAUUUAUAUGAGAAUGACACUAUAAAACCAAUCGUAUCAUUUGGUUUAAUCACCGAUAUUCAUUAUACCGAUAAUGAUGAUCGAUGGAAUUAUUCUAAAACAUUUCUAAGACGUUAUAGAAAUUCUUUAAAAUUAGUUGAUCAAGCAUGUAAUUAUUGGUUAAAUGCUAAAUAUCCAAUUGCAUUUCUACUUCAACUUGGUGAUCUUAUUGAUGGAUUAUGUUCUACAGAUAAAACAUCUGAAUAUGAUUUAAAUUUAAUUCUUAAACAAUUUCGAAAUAUUUCACCAAUCUAUCAUAUUUGGGGAAAUCAUGAAUUAUAUAAUUUUACAAGAAAUGAAUUAUUAAAUGGACCAUUAUGUUCAUUUGAUACAAAAGAUAUUGAACCAGCUCAUUAUGGUACAAUUCAAGUUUGUUCAAACUUAAAAAUUAUUGCGAUUGAUACAUAUGAAUUAAGUCUCUUAAGUAUAGAAAAAACGAGUGAAAUGUAUAAUCAAGCAAUGAAUUUCUUACGAAAAUAUAAUCAAAAUGAAAAUGUUAAUGAUCCCAGUGGAUUAGAUGGUUAUCAACAACGAUUUAUACAAUUAAAUGGUGGAUUAACACAAAAACAACUUUGUUGGUUACAAGAACAAUUAACAAAAGCUGAAAGUCUUAAUGAAAAAGUUAUCAUUAUAGGACAUAUACCAAUUCAUCCAAAUGCAGGUGAUGAACUUGCUCUAUUAUGGAAUUAUGGUGAUGUUUUGAAUAUCCUUUGGGAAUUCAAUAAUACUGUUCUUGCAUAUAUUGCUGGUCAUUCGCAUGAAGGUGCUUAUUUUUAUGAUGAAAAACAAAUUCAUCAUUUAACAUUACAAGCUAUUGUUGAAUGUGAACCAGAUACAAAUGCUUUUGCAACUAUACAUGUUUAUAAAGAAUAUUUAAUAAUUCAAGGUAUUGGACGUAUUAAUACCUAUCGAAUUGAUUUAUUAAAAUAA